UCUUUAUUCCUCGUACCAAUCACACCUGUAACCGUUACGACUUCCGAAAAAUAAAAAAAUAAAAAAUAAUAAUAAAUAUAAAUAGGGCAAAAUCCUCUUUCCCUCUUUCACUCACUCUCUGAUCAACUCCACUCUAGGGUUUUCCCCCCCAAAAUUGAUUCCAUCGAUUUUUCUCUUUGUUAAUUUGUAAAUUAACAAAUUUGCUGGCACGACACUGAAUUGAUGGUUGAAGGCAAGGAAGGUGCCGGGCCCGAUUCGAGGCCCGGGUCGAAUUCCGGGUCAUUGUUCGAAUCAUCAGGUGACCGCGUGCGGUUCACGGUGGAGCUUCGGCCCGGAGAAACAACAAUCGUAUCUUGGAAAAAGUUACUCAGGGAGGCCAACUCGAGCAAGUCCAGGCCCGGCACAUCAGUUUCGGACCCAUCCGCCGAAGCCCAAUUCCAGCCCGUUUCUCAGCCCGCUCGUUCCCCUCCUCUGGAGGCUCCUCCUUCUUCGAAGCAACACCUGGAGAACGAAUCGAAGGAUUCACAGGCCCAGGCCGGGCCAAAUCGUUUGAGCAACGUGAUUGAGAGAAUCGAGAGAAUGUAUGCGGGCAAUGGGAGUGGCGAUGAGGAAGAUGUUGUGCUAGACAAUGUGCCUGAUGAUGAUGAGUACGAUACAGAAGAUUCCUUCAUUGAUGAUGCUGAGUUGGACGACUAUUUCCAGAUCGAUAACUCCUCGAUAAAACAUGAUGGCUUUUUCGUUAACCGUGGGAAGUUGGAGGGCAUUGAACCUACGAUCCCCACAAACCAGCAGCCGAAGAAGAGGAGACGUGAAGAUUUGACAAAAGGUCAUGGGGGAAGUGAUGAUGGACAUAAUCCAAAUAAAAAUGUGAAAAUAGGAAAUAAAGUUAGAAAGACAUCAUCGAGUCAAAGAAACUCAGGUAGUCAGGCUUCUCCAAUGCAUACUGCUGAAGUUUCAAUAAAGAAUAAAACUGCAGAAUCCCAAACUACAAGAAAUCCUUCGGGAUUGUUGAAUGGUGAUGCCGUCAGGCAGAACAUGGCUACUGACCAGCAGAGAUCUGUAGUUCUCUCAUUGAAAAGCCAUGUUAGCAAACUGAAGGAGACUGAACUUCAAAAUACAUCGACUCAGAGGUCAAAUAAUAAAAACUCAGAUGCAAGCAAAUCCCGUUUUGGGAAACAAAAAAAUAAUGUUGAUGGUCUAGAUCAGUCGAUUCAACAAAAAGGAAAAGGUGGACUUAUAGAGAGAUUUGACCUUAAUGUUCCUGCAAUGGGGGACUCUACGUCAAGUACGAAGGCCGCCCUCAUGCAGAGAAAGGAAGCCGCUAGUGUUAGAUCAAAAAGUACAACACUUGAGAAGGCCAUCAGAGAGUUGGAGAAGAUAGUUUCAGAAUUUAGACCGCCUUCAACAGAAGUUAAGGAUCCGGAUAAUUCGUCUCAGGCAGUCAAGCGGAGAUUGCCACCUGUAAUAAAGCAGAAGCUGGGAAAAGUUGGUAGACUAGCGCAAAUCAGCUACGGGAAAAUCCCAAAGGAAGUGAUCAAUCACCUGAUGAGCAUUGUUGGCCACCUGAUGCAAAUUAGGACGCUGAAGAGAAAUCUUAACGUCACGAGUGAUACGGGAUUAUCUGCUAAACAAGAGAAGGACGAUAUAAUAAAGAAGAUGAAAUUAGAAGUUGCAGAGAUGGUCAAGCUGCGGAUUGUGUCUAUUAAAUCAAAAGUUGAACAACAAGCUGCAAAUUCAGAUGAUUUUCAGGAAGCUGGUCCAGAAGAAAAAGAAGCCUUGAAACGCAAAUAUAUCAUGGACGAUUUAUUGGAAAAUAAGAUUUGCGACUUGUACGACCUUUAUGUUGAGAGGUCAGAAACCAAUUCAGGCCCAUCAGUCAGAAGUCUUUAUGAAGAGCUUGUGAUGUUGUGGCCUAACGGAUCAAUGGAUAUUGAUGGAAUUAAACGUGCUAUCUACAGAGCAAAAGACAGGAGGGGGCUGUGCAGCUUGCGGAAGGAUCAAGAGAAAACCAAGAGAAAGUUGUCAGCACCAAAAGUAAAGGAUGCCACCCAAACACUGCAUACUCACGAGAAAUUAUCGUCCGAUUCUCGCCAAAAAGGUUCUACUUCGACAAGCAAGCCAAUUAUCUCUGCUGCAGCAGCAGCUCACAAUACUGCUCGCGUGCCUAUUUCCUCUGCAAAUGACUCAAAGAUGGAGAAGCCGAAGAAGAAAGAAAAACUAAAAGGCAUCUCUAGCAGCAACCCUGUUGAUACAACACCAUCAAAUGCUUUACCGAACAAGAAAAUAAAAAGAAAUCCAAACGCAGCAGUCUCUGUUGAACCUCAGUUCCGCCUUGAGAAGAUGGUGUCUUCGAAGGUCGAUGAACGGCCCAAACCCCGGAAGCUUAAUAUGGCUGUUCCUCUCCCUAAAUCGAACAACCUUCAGCCAGCUGUGCCUUCCGGCUCUUGAGUACUUAAGUUGACAUAAGCAAAAAAAUUCUAGAUAAUUUUGAGUAGACUACAUUUUUGUUUGUUAGAUAGACUACAUUUUGUUGAUAGUAACUUAUGUAAUUAUUUUGAACUUGAUGAUCAGUUGACUCUGGAUUUUUAAUAUUAGGAGUACGUUAGUUGAAGAGCUCCUUGCCUCCCUUUAUUUAUUU